AUGAUGAGGCGCGUCGCACACUGACCGAGACCGAGUAUCAGGCGUCGGGCUCGGUGUCCGUGAUCAGCAUGCCCGGAGAAGGCUCCAGUUCUGGCUCCGCGCUCUCUUCUCACCCGGAGGCGGAGGACGGGAAAGUUUCUCCUGUGGUUUGUGGAGAUGACCUGUCCAGCCGGUAUCUCCUGGACGGGCUAAGCUCCAGCCGGUAUUUCAUGCAGACGCAGGACUCCCCCAGCCCGUGCUCCCUGUUCCCGUAUAGCGGGCAGACUGGAGCCGUGUACGCCGGGUCGGACGGGUCCCGGUACUCGGCUUCGCUUCACUACGGCUCCGUGCUUCCCUCCGCCGGCUUCUGCCAGUCUCUGUGCGCCGGCCGCGGUGACUUCAGCCCGGGCUAUCAUCAGUUCGGUCACGCUGCGGGAAACGGCUACAGCCCGUACCAGGGCUCGGGCUCCGGCUCCGUAGCGCUGCCCGGUGCGGCUCUGCGGGCGCAGGUGUAUCUCUGCAACCGGCCGCUGUGGCUAAAGUUUCACCGGCACCAGACCGAGAUGAUCAUUACCAAACAGGGCAGGCGCAUGUUCCCGUUCCUCAGCUUCAACAUGACGGGUUUGAGUCUGUCUGCACACUAUAAUGUGUUCGUGGAGAUUGUUCUGGCAGACCCGAACCACUGGAGGUUUCAGGGCGGGAAAUGGGUGACCUGCGGGAAAGCCGACAAUAACAUGCAGGGAAAUAAGAUUUACAUGCACCCGGAAUCUCCAAACACCGGCGCUCACUGGAUGAGGCAGGAGAUAUCUUUCGGCAAACUCAAACUGACCAAUAACAAGGGCGCGAACAUCAACACUUCACAGAUGAUCGUCCUGCAGUCUCUGCAUAAGUACCAGCCGCGGCUCCACAUCGUGGAAGUGUCAGACGAGCGAAGUGAGCGAGACCCAAACACUCAGAUCUUCAGCUUCCCGGAGAACCAGUUCAUCGCGGUUACAGCCUACCAGAACACUGAUAUCACUCAGCUCAAGAUCGACCACAAUCCAUUCGCUAAAGGCUUCAGAGAUAAUUACGAUUCCAUGUACACCCUCCCAGACCGAGAGCGCCUGACGCCAUCACCUGCAGACUCCCCCCGAGCGCAGCAGAUGGUCCCGAACGCUCGAUACGCCGUCCAGCCGUUCCUGCAGGAGCAGUUCGGCAGUUUGACCCAGCGCUCAGUGACCCAGCCCAGCAGCGUGGAGGACCCGGCGCAGCGCUGGCUGAUCUCACAGAACAGCAGUAAACUGGAGCUGACGGCGUACGAGGGCGAGUACUCCAGCUCUCUGCUGCCCUACAGCUUCAAGUCUCUCCCACUGCAGAGCUACUAUCCCGACACUGCCUUCAGCUGGGGGACCAGAGUCUCCGCCGGCUCCUCGUUGCCCAGGAAACUGCCCUCCGGCCUGCCCUGGUCUCCCCGGCCCAGUCCCACAGACUUCAGUGAAGAUCCGGAGAAACCCAGAGAGGAGAACAGCCCGUUCUGCUGGAUGGAGAAGCCGUCAGACUCCGCAGAGCCCAGCAUUUACUCAGUGGUGUGCAGUAAGAGACGCCGGCUCUCAGGAGACGCUCCCGCUGGCAAGACUGAAGAGCAGAACUUUCACAAAGACUCUCCAUCUGCAGCCAAAGCCAUCGGCUACUACGCCUUCUACACCAGCAGCUAGAGACACUCGCUCGAGGGGUUUAAAGAGACAAGACACGCUAAUGUGAAGAUUCUGUGUUUAAAGGGAUAGUUCAGGCAAAGAUGACGAGUCUGUUCAAAUGGACAUGCAAAAAUACAGAUUCUGUUCUUAAAGGGACAGUACACGCAAAAAAGAGAAAGGAUAGUUCACCCGAAAAUCUUGUGUUUAAAGGAACAGUACAACAAUCUUUAGGGUUUAUAUAAUAUAUUAUUUAUACAAUAAUUAUGAUUCUGGUUUAACAGGGUUUCUGCAGG